GAUUAUGGCUUCCUUUGCAGUUAAUUGAAAGCUAUAGUCAUUCAAAAUUACCUUUCAUGAUGAAGCAGAUUUCUGACACAGUGUAUCUUGACUGGCUAAUGCACAAUUUUUUCAAUGAGGAGUAAAUACAAAGUGCACCUAUUGCUAAGAAUUACCAAAAACGUUGUUAUGUUCAGCAUUGAUGUCAUGUUUGCAGGUGGUUCUUCCUCGAAUAUUGUUAUCGUUAACGCAUCUGGUCACGUGAUUGGAAAAGCUGAAGGUCUCUCUACGAAUCAUUGGUUGAUUGGCAUUGAAGAGUGUGCUGUUAGGGUGAAUGACAUGGUCGUGAAAGCUAAAAAGAAUGCUGGGCUAUCAUUGGACAAACCCCUGGCUUCACUGGGCCUUUCUUUGAGUGGAGGAGAAAAGGAGGAGUUCAAGAAAAAAAUGGAGAACGUCAUGAAGGAGAACUAUCCCAAUUGUAGCCUGUCCUAUUUCAUCUGCACCGACACAUUUGGCUCCAUUGCAACUGCAUCCGAUUCGGGUGGUAUUGUUCUCAUAGCAGGUACUGGUUCCAACUGUCAGUUAGUAAAUCCGAACAAUGACGUACAUGGUUGUGGUGGAUGGGGACAUAUACUGGGUGAUGAAGGAUCAGGUUACUGGAUUUCUCAUACUGCGGUGAAAACUGUAUACGAUGACGAUGACGGUUUUGUCAAAUCUCCCUAUGAUAUAACACUUGUGAAGGAAUCCAUGUACGAUUUUUUUAAGAUGAAGAAGCCUUUUGAUAUUCUUGAUCAUUUUUACAAAGAUUUUGAGAAGGCAAAAGUAGCCCAAUUCGCUACUACGAUAGCGCAAGGUGCAUCAAAAGGUGAUCCUUUGUGUAGACAUCUAUUCAAAGAGGCUGGUAUUCUUCUAGGACAUCAUAUUAAUGCCCUUGAAAGCAAAAUUGACGUGAGACUUGCUGGCUGUGAAAAAGGAUUAAAAGUCUUGUGUGUAGGCUCUGUGUUCAAAAGUUGGGAAUUGUUAAAAGAAGGCUUUAUCGAAGGUUUAAGACGAGGGCAUGAUCAACGUUCGCCUUGUUACAAAUCGUUGAUAUUACUGCGUCCAAAGGUAAAAAGUAGUCUUGGUGCUGCGAUCCUUGGAGCGAAAGCCAUAAACCAGGCUUUUCCAGUCGACUACAGUCAAAACACCGAGUCAUUUUCUACGUUCACUCCGUAAUUGAAAAAUUGUUGCAUUCUUUUUAAGGUCGUUACAUCAUCAUACCAGUGCGUUUAGCAAUCUUGAAUAUGAUGAGUUUGAAAUAAUUAUUUCUUUUUUAAUGUAUUUGGUAUUGGAGCGUUCUCAUUGACACAAACACUCUUUCAUACCAAACGUUAGUGUAAUCUUGGUCAAUCCUAAAAACACCCCGUAACCCCUGUGAAAUUUAAUUUUCACUACUAGCAAUCAUCUUUAUUCUUGGUGUGCAAUCACGUCAUAGCCGCCAUGUUGGAUAUUAGUUAACACAAAUGAUAAUUUUAACUAAGGAUAUUUCUUAUUUACAAUGCAAAUGUCAUUCAACAGGGCGAACAUUCCAGUGUUCUCUUACUCUCAUAGAAAUGGUUGCACACCAUCUAUUCAGUUUUCUCUUGUGACAUAAAUGUUAAACUCAUACACACUCCUGCUGUCAAAGACGUCUUUUAUGGCUUUGCUCAUGACAGUGCUCAGCAACAGAGCAAGCCCUCUCUCACAAUAGAGCAAUUUAUUACAAAUAAAUCGGAAUACCGUUUAUUUUAAUGGUUUUCUUACAAAAUCGUUGAUUGCAGAUACUUUAGAAAGUAUAACACUUAUCAAAGAAGUGGUUGUUUAGAUGAAAUUUUAGCAGGCUAUUAAAUUAUGUAAAUCACACGUAUUAGAAUGCAAUUAAUACAACUCUUUUUUGCGUUCAUGUUA